AUGUUUGCCAAUGCCCGGUCCAUAUUGGCCGAAGUUGCUACGGCCACUAUAACGUCCUCGGACCCAUCAUCUACCUCGCCUGCCAUCCCACUUCCUAUACCUCCUACCGACGUCAAACGAUGUCGACUAUUGGGUCCUACAGCCCUCGUUGUCCAAGGCCUUAUGGGUAUAUUUGUUAUACUAAGUCUCGUAUGGAAACGUAACCACGAAAGCCCGAGGAGACCAUGGCGCAUCUGGAUAUUCGACAUAUCAAAACAAAUAGUCGGCCAAAUAUUCAUUCAUUUUUCGAAUGUUUUCAUCUCCGAUUUGGUUGCGCACCACAGCUCCAACAAUCCGUGCACAUUGUAUUUUCUCAACGUCUUGGUCGAUACUACUGUUGGUGUUGGUUUGAUAUAUGCAUUCCUCCACUCUGGGACGUGGCUCUUGGCUACCAAACUCAAAUUAAAAGGGUUCCGCUCGGGAGACUAUGGAGGUGUACCUCCUAGCAAGGUCUACUGGUUGCGACAGGCCACAGUUUACGUGACCGCCCUGCUUCUCAUGAAGCUCUCGGUCGUUGCCCUCUUUGCGGUAUGGCCUGGGCUAUUCACAAUAGGCGACUGGCUGCUUAGCUGGACCGACGGGGACGCGUCGAUCCAAGUUGUUUUCGUAAUGGGUCUGUUUCCUAUUGUGAUGAAUGUCCUUCAGUUCUGGUUGAUCGAUUCGAUCGUCAAGCUAAAGGACAAGUCUCCAACCUUGCCUAUAUCGUCCAUUUCAAAUACCGAAGAGCAGGACCGUUUUAUGGACUCGAGACAUUCCGAAUCCGACGAUGGCAGCACAACUCCUAGAGGAAAAAAGGAAGCCUCUUCUCCUCCGCCGUCUCCCUCGCCAUUGCCGACUCCUCCUGGUACAGGGUACCACUCGGUGCAAGGAAAAGAGGCAAAGGGGAAAGCCAAGCGACGGGGCGACCUUCCAGAGGUUUCGAACUGGCCUUGGGACGAUGAGGAUGCCAAGCCCUCGGGCAGUGGUCGGAGUUCUUCACCAGGACAGACGAGUCCUCGACCUCGACUAAGCGCGACCACAUCCGAGACCUGGUUUAUGACGAGCAGUGUCAAGCGAGCGCACACUCCAGAGGCAGACGUAUAG